AAUGUGGCGUUACGUGAGUCCUGCACUCUUCGUGCUCGCAGUCACAGUAUACUGCCAACAACAAUACACUGCCCCGAUCUGGGAUGUAAGGACCGAGCAGUGGAGUCAGGACAAGGUAGCUGCAGCCGAGGUGAGACCCGACAAGAACUGGGCCUGGCAUUACAUUGAGAAACCUCCUUUAACUCAGAAUAUUGCAAAGAAAGAAGAAACACUCAACAGAGAGCACGAGGUAAAGUGUUGGACCUGCUUUACAUUGGACACGCUGGAAGUGAGCACUAAUAAUUGCAACAGAACCUUGUGUACCGGAAAACAGAUCUCUGCUUGCUACAAGUGGCACGUACAGUACGGGUUCAAGAAGUACAGAACUUACAGGGGGUGCAUGGACAAUUACACGGAGAUAGAUUACACAAAUGCGAUGUGUAGGGGAACAGGACUGCCCCUGAACGAGACAUGCGACUGGAGCUUGUGUAAGACAGACUACUGCAACAGCAGUGUAGUGCUCAAUAUCUCCUACAUUCUUCUCGUUCUCAUUGUGGUCUACUGGAAUCCUCCUGAUAAUAUUAACUGGCCUACCCUCGACUAAAAGCAAGGAUUUAUCUAGCUUGGGGAGUUAGAGGGACCAGCAUUUCAGACGAUAAAAUAAAUUUUUAGAGUUCCACUGUGUUUCUGCAAUAUUUCUGACUAACAUGCUGUCUUGAUAAAUAUCUAAUAUCCGACUAUAUAAUAGCUGAAAAACAUAGAUCAAAGUUCGAACUAAUGUGGGCUGAUGUUAUAUUAUCAUGGACAACUUUCUAACAAUGUCUAACAUAAGAUAUUUCUUUAACAUUAAAUUAACCCGAAUAGAAGGUUAUGAUCGCUUGGGGCUUAUGAGAUGAAAUCACGUUCAUUUUUAAUUGAUUUUAGAUGAUAAUAAUAUGUAGAUGUAAUAUAGACAUUUGUAAAAAUGGAAUAUAGUAUUAUGACAACCUAUCGGAAAACAGAAACUUUAUUAUUCGCACUGCAUAACACUGACAUAACAUUCAUUGUAUCGGCACGGCGUAUCAUUUAUCAAAAAUGUGUUUAUUUAUUCCGAGUUGCUUUUGUUUUUUAUUCUUGACGUUUCUUAAUUUGUUUUGCUGAAUUGCAAUUUUAAAUCAUUUUUUC